AUGAAAGAAAAAAUUUUAACAUCUGCAACAUUGAUUGAAGUUUUAGCAAUGAACGUAGAUAGACUUUAUAGAAAAAAGAGAGUGAAAAAAUUGAAUUUGAUUGAUCUUUUUGAUGUUUUCAUUGGCAAUCAUUAUAGUUAUGCUGCUGCCUUGAAUAACUCGCAAAACAAUUUGUGGUAG